GUUUGGGGGUGACGUCUCUUUGCGAUGUCAUGCCCUUUCGUGGAAUAUCUGCUUCGCAUCUCGUCCGGCCUGCAUCUCCUUCUCUCAUCCCCUUGCUCUUUCCCUUCUCUCUACUUCAUCAUUCUGGUGAGGCAUCUUUUGAAUCCAUAUCCUUCAAUCCCUUCCCUGGGAUCCCGUCAUUUGAUUAUCACCUUGCUGCUACACCCACUACACUUCGCCGCACUGCCUUCUUGCUCAUCCCUUCCUGGUUGGCUGGCCCUGACGCCAACUCAGCACCAGCAGGGCUGAUCUUCGACCUCUUCAAGGCCUCCCCACUCAAAUCAAGACCAUGGCUCCCGCUCGACGCCACAUCGGGGCAAGCCGUAGGAAGAGACGGGAAGAUGAGGGCGAGGACGAGGGUUCACAGGUUGGGGAGCUGGACGAUGACUCCUUGAGUGAGGGCUCGGUCGGCAGUCACCAGGAAGAUGAAGAUGCCGAUGGAGAAGUUAGCGAAAGCGACGGAGAAGCUUCGACCUCGCUGGACACGGACAAGCUCAACGGGCGAAAGACCAACGGCCGGAACCCGAAUCAGCCAGAACAACGCAGCUCUACAACCCCCAGAAAGCCCGGACUGAAGAUGACUGUCUCCGACACGGAAGCGAUGCUGAACGGACUGAAACUCUCUGAUGAUGGUGAUGAGAUCAGCUUCGACCAGAUGGAGGAGCAGCGAGACCUUCAGACGGGCCGGACACCGUCUGCUCCGCCCACGGAACCGAAACGGGAGACGCUCGCCUCGAGGAAGCGCCGAGAGCAUGAGAAAUACGUGAAGGAGCGGGAUCAGAACCCGGCCUUUGUGCCCACUCGAGGAAGUUUCUUCUUACAUGACAAGCGGACGUCCGAGGCCGGAUCGAAUAGCCACCGUCCCUUCAACAAGGGAAAGUCUAGGCCCGUCGGUCUCAUCGUGGAUGGAAAUUCUCGCAAAAAUUCUACCUCCAAGCCUGACGCAAGCGAAGGACAGUGGACGCAUGACCUUCAUGAGACAGUGGCCGGAGAGAACCCGGCACCCAAGCAGGUGUCCACCACAGCUGGAUCAUAUCCAUCGAUUCAGAAUGUCCCGACCGCCCCUCGAUCUGACCCUCCAAAUCGUUCGUUUUCCAGCACUACCUUAAUCGGCAAUGUACCCGUGGUUGUCUUCCUGCCGGGCAUGACACAGCCCAAGUCAUUCCCCGCAGUGCCCAAAAAGCAGCAUACUCGUCUUCCCCAACAUCGUCCUCCCUUGCGCCGCGACAAACCGGUGCGAAUCUCGCUUCCUGGUCAGCCUCCUCGUUACAUAUUCCCUUCUAUUGAGCGUUCCUUCAUCUUUAUUCCCCGUGCAUUGCGACCGAACCAACAAGGCUACCGAGGCCGGGGCCGAGGCGGUGGUUUCUAUCCUGGCCGACGACCCAGCUAUUACAAUACCUACACUCCUAGCGUUCUCAGUGUCAGCAGACGGUCCUCGCUUGGAAUGUCGGUCUCCCAAGAUGGCUAUCCCUCACCGGCAGGUUCGGUGUACUCGCGGCCGGCCAUGGUUGUUCCCGAUGUUAGCAAGCCCGUCGUCCGCCUGCCUCCUCCGCCGCGUCCUCCCGUUGGCAUGCCCCCGACCGGGCCUGGCGCUGGAAUGCCCCCGGGAGCUAUGCCACCUAUGCAAUUCCCACACUUUGCCUAUCGUGAAAGUCGCCCGGCACCUAUCCCGAUGCACCAACCUCGUCCCCAAAAGGCUGUCUCCGUGGCCGAUAUCGAGAGCCCGGCCAGCUUCCCAUUUAACCCGCCUCAGCCUCAGCAAGAACAACCAUUCCACCACCAGGUUCCCAUGCCCGUUGCGGGGCCUGGUCAAGAGCAGAUGGUGCAGGGUCCACCGAGCCAGCCUUCAGGAACUCCGCUUUCGCAAAUUCCCGAGCGGGCAAUCCACGCCCAGCCGUUCCAACCAUACGGCUACCAACCGCCGGGCUAUUACCCAGGCUACCCUCCUGGUGCCAUGUAUUAUCCCGGAUCUGGCCCUGAGUAUGCCCCGUACAAUGGACCGAUGGGACCUGGCGUUUCGAUGCCCAAUUUCCCUCCAAGUCAACAACCUAUGCCGUACGUUGUUCCCUCCUCCUCGUCGGGAGAGCAGCCUUCGCAGCCUGGUACCGUUGCUCAUGAAUCGGGUGGUACGGUGUACUUCUACGAUGCCAACCAGAUGUACCCCGGCGCCAAUUACGGGGGUCAAGGUCCGGGGCAGGGGCCUGGGGGAGUGGUGGGGAUGGGAGGCAUGAUGACGCCUCCUGGUACUACGUAUUUCUAUCCACAACCGCCUGGAACUGGGGGAGGCAUGUACUAUGGACCCCAGUGAUUGGACUGAUCUCACUGAUCUGGACUGGUUUCAGUUUGCUGAUGGAUGACACGUCUUUUCGUUUUCUUUCCAAGUCCUUUUUUUUUUUUUUUUCUUGCGCUCUGUUCCUUCUUGUUUCUCCCUUCCUUUUUUUUAUUUUCUUGGUGCCUCCUCCGUCUUCUGUUCCCCUUAAUCUUUUCUUCUUUCCUUUUUCAUUCUUCAUUUUUUGGUUUCUUCUUUCUGAUAUCUUUCUCUUUUCUUUGCCCGUCCUGUUAGACUUGGAUUAUUCGGAUGCAUUUGAGCGUUCUUCCCCCUCCCUCAUUUUUCAUGUCCCCCCGCAAAACCCGCCCAGCUCCUCCUUCCCCUCCCUCAUCUCUCUUUGACCACUUUGCAUGAUCUAGGCCCCUGUUGCAUGACCUCAUUUCUUUCGCUCCCGAUGACACGGGGCUACGAAAUACCAACAAAAAGUAUCCUACACCUUGCAG